GUCUGCUUCUAAAUUCCGUGCGCAUCGGCUGUCCGGCAAAGUUUUUCUAAUAAUAGUAAUAAAACGCUGAUUUGAUAACGACUUGUUAGUUUACUAUUUUUUUUUUGUUCUCGAUUUGAUGAUAACGAUUGAAAGUUCGUUCUUUUUUUAUAGUUUUGUUGCGUAUGGUUAUAUGCUGAUUCUAUUAUACACAUCUCGAUCCUAGAACGUGCAACUAUACAAUGCUAAUACAGAAUAAUGUGAUACCUUGGUGAAAAUGAAAUGAUGAUGAUGUCUAAUUAUGUGAUGCGACGAAGAGAAUGAAAAUAAUUUGUUUAUUCGGAUAUCAGUGAAUGGAAUUUCGGAUCAGCAAGGCACUGACCAAGGUUCACUAAAUACACAAUGGCCACAUCAUAUUUCUUGUGUAUGGUUCUACAACGAGCCGUCUUUUCUAUCAUCUUAACACUUUGUAUAUUAUAUCAUCCCGUGGGACUAAAAUUUCCAUAUCUGUUGCUUCUGCUAUAUUUACCGUUCGUUCCGGUGGCCACAGCGAAAACGAUUCGCGGACACACUGGCUAUUACUUUCAAAUAUCAAUUGCCGUUACGGUGCUAAUUUUCUUAGUACAAAUAGCAUUCCAGAUUGUGCUGGCAACAUUGGGCGAAGGGAUCAUUUCACAAUGCAAUUUCCUCGAAAUCUUACUUCGUCACAUCGGACUGACGAAGUUCAAUGGAAUGCCAAUCAUCUCAAUAUUGGAAUGGUUCUUAUCGGAUAUUGUUAUGCUCAUUUCAACAACUGCGAUAUAUCUGAUUUUGAGAAAGCUAACCGCUACCGACACUACUGACAUUGAAUCAGCUGGAUCAACAGUUCAAGCGGAAAGCAGUCCGGGCAUGUCGAAUGAAAAUCUAAAUAUUCUCAAGAAAAUUGGUAUUUUCCUAUCAAUGGUGGCACUACUGCUAGCCAGUACUCUGCAACCAUCUGUUCCUGCAGCUGUAUAUUUUAUCGUAUUUUUGGGAGCCGCAACAUGGUGGGCAUGUUAUCGGGAAUUAGACAGAGCUUUCGCCAUCAUUUGUCGAAUCGUACUGGUUUUUCUUGCGGUUCAUAUUGUGGCAUUAUUAUCAUAUCAAACACCUUGGCCGCAAGAAUAUUUUACGGAUAACAGCACUACUAUCAGAUUUCUUGGAUUCACUUCGUUGUACCUAUACCCGAAUUGUACGCUGGAAAAUGAUAUGCGACAAUUCCACUUCAACACAGAUGCACGUUUGGAAGCAUUUUUGAAUCCCGUUGCUAUUUUACUGUGUUUUUUCACCCUCGCCAUAUCGUCUGGUGUUACGUUAAACACAAAGGAUCUAACUGAUUGCUGUGAGCCUUCUCAGCCAAAUGAACGAACUCCCCUAAUGAGGAGAAGUAUGAAGAAUUUAAACACGUUUAAGACGUUCAAAAGAGAGGCGAGUGUCGAAGGUGGAGGCGAAGGAUCCAUACCGAUGGAUGAUUUAAGUGAAAAUGGACAUCUGGAUGAAGAUAUGCCGCCUACACUAUGCGAACAGUUUUGCUUCGGACUGGAGCAAGUGGGAGAUUUUUUGUUCAAAAACAGUUACAUUCUGUCGAACAUUAUCAUGAUGGUAUGGAGUAUUGUCUACCACAGCUGGAUAACAUUCAUAUUCCUUCUGUGGGCCAAUCUUCUGUUUAUAAUUCCCAAUCAACGAAAAAACAUGUUACGAUGCAGUCCGUUUGUGGUUAUUUAUGCUGAACUUUUACUGCUGGCACAGUAUUUGUAUGGAAUGGAUCUAACUGAGGCGGAACUGCCAUCCAAAUCAGAUAUAAAUGGAAUCAAUUUAGCACAGAUCGGGUUUAUUCGUUAUGACAUUCCCUGUUUACCAUUGCUACUGAAAACGCUGUUCACGCUCGUAUUCUGGGUCACGCUAAGACAGAAGGUACAUGAAUCUCGUAUCCAAAGACAAUCGUCUACGUUGGCACAUUUAGCUGCACCGUUUCAAGUUACCGUUGGUGCUGCAACAACAACCGACAUGGCUUCGAAAAGCGACGACAAAAAAUCGAAAUUUAUCGUCGUUGCUGGCAAGCUGUUGAACGCAAUCUUCUUGCAGCUGUGGAUUUGGAUUGUUGUUUUAGUGUUGUUCCUGUGCGCAAUUUAUGGUCAGAAAAUGACCGCCAUCCGAAUUGUUUACAUGACACUGGUGCUGGUAUUUCUGAUAACAUUUCAGUGGUCGUUCCAAAUAUGGCGGAAAAUUAUGUACGCAUUCUGGGUGGUUGUUAUUGGCUUUGCGAUGCUCACGCUGAUCAUGAUCUACACCUACCAAUUUGAUAGAUUCAACGAUUACUGGGCGAUCUAUUUCAAAAUCCCUUACACCCUGCAAACGGACAUUGGUCUGGAGAAGUUCAAAACCAAAGAUUUGUUCCUAAACUUAGUCUAUCCGACAUUGGUCGUCAUCAUAACUGUUGUGCAGUUACAAAUUUUCCAUAAAAAGUAUUUGGAAUCUUUGGACGCACCAAUGAGUCAAAGAAAUACCGACGAUCAACAAAGCAAUAAUCCAACAUCGAGUGUUAAUUACGGCAACUUAGAGGCUGAUACAUCCGACGACACCAUUUCGAAGAAGAAACAAAAAAUCGGAUUCAAGGACUUGAAAGGCAUCACCAGAAAACAAAUCGCCGAAUUCGUCACUUUUCUCUACGAGAAGGCUAAGGAGUUUUUGGAAUUUGUCUGGCUGUUUUUGGAGAUCCAUUUCACCAAAGUGAUUUUGUUCGUUGCCUUUGCAUUGGGCAUUAGAGAAGUGUCAAUUCUGCACUUGCUGGUGGUAUUAUUGGCAUCGAUAGCGGUCACGUCACGAACGUAUGUGCAGGGAGUGUUUACUCGCUGCAUUUCGUUGAUCAUUGGCGUACUGCUGAUAUUGAAAAUGAUCUACCAAAUCACGUACAUCGAUCAAACCGUGUACAACACUGACUGCACGGGCAACGAGACCCUGACCAAUGAAACGAUCAACAAUCCAAACACUAACGACGCAAACUGGUUCGGUUUCUACAAAAUAACUGGCGAUGAAACGCUAGCCACGAUUCUGAAAGGCUACAUCGCCUACAUUUUGAUAACGACGAUUCACACUAUCAUCUUAAUGCGUCAGAAGCGAAAGCGAUUUUUGAGUGGCAAACCGAUGACCAGACCGAAGGUUCUAUUUCCGCGAACCACGCGACUAGACGCCGAUAAAGACGUUCUAUCCAUGUUGAAGUAUUUGGCCAAUUUUGUUUUCUACAAAUUUGGAAUUGAGAUUACAUUGAUCAUGUUAGUCGCGUUGAUCGGAUCUCGCAUGGACAUCGUUGCUCUGAUAUACUCGGUAUGGCUAUGCAUACUAUUCGCCGCAACACGUUGCCAACAGAAAAACCUGUGGCCACUCUUCCAAUGGUUCGUUUUUACAUUGAUACCGAUACAAUACAUCGCCGUUAUUGGAUUACCGCCGUUUUUAUGUGUUGAACUACCAUGGAAAGACGAUAUUCUGAAGCAUCUGCAGGAGUGGGCGAUGUUACCCGAUAAGGAUCUUCGAGAUCAGUCCAAUAAAUUGUUUUUGGAUUUCAUAUUGUUGAUGUUUGCCUGUCGUCAGAUGCUGGUCUUCCGCAUCGAAGAUCAAUACGAACAAACGCAGAACGAGUUCCCUGGUGGAAGCAAUAAAUCGGUUAUUGAGGACAUCCACAACAUGACCACUAAACCGAUUACGAAUUCUCAUGAUUAUGUCACGAAUACGAGAAACUGGCUGGAUAUACUGAAAUGUGCCGUCUUUUUGGGAUUCUAUUGGAUGACGUUAGCGAUCGUCUUUUUGGCUGGAACCAAUCGAAUUAACGUUUUCUCGCUUGGAUAUUUGAUUGGGUCGUUCAUAUUUUUGUGGCAGGGAGCCGAUUUCUACUUACGUCCCAUUCACACGAUCAUCCGCUAUUGGAGCUACUUGAUUGGUUACAACAUAUUCGUCAUUGCGAUGAAAGCUGUCCUGCAAAUUCCGGCCUGCAUUUUCACAAAACAAAUGGAAAGCGUCUGCUGGGUGAAUCAAUUCUUCGGAAUCAGCUGCAUCAGAAAGUUCCAUCAAGUCUUGGAGAUUCCCCAAUGCAGAGUACCGAGUGAUGGGAUUGGAUUAGUCUGGGAUGGAAUUUGUUUUGCUUUUCUUUUACUGCAACUGAGGAUAUUCCAGAGCUACUACUUCUGUCACAUUAUCAACGAGAGUAAAGCCAGUACGAUAUUGGCUUCACGGGGAGCGGAAUUAAUUGAAGGACUUCGUCGGAAGCAAGUCAAAUUGCAAAUUCAACGGGAAGAAGAGAUUCUGCUGAAAAUUAAGCAGAAAAUGGAUCGAAUCAAAGCGAAUCAACAGAAAUUCCAGCCGGCAAUUACGGUUGAAGGACACGAAUUGGAUGGUACUGACAGGCGAUUCGAUCCGGCCACCCAUAAAGCGGAGGUGGGUGAUGAAACAAUGCCAUUAUUACGAAAAAGUUCCAAACCUAAACCGAUCGUCAAACGAAAGAUGGCCAUCCUCUCUGGAGACUAUUAUCUGUUCGAGGAUAUGGACGAAAAUUUGGAACUAAAUUUGUUGCAUGAGAAACCGAGCGUAGCUGUUGAAGACGACAUAUUAAAAAGAAACAUUUCGAAGAGAAGGACAUUCGAAGAGGUAAUUGUCGGUAAAACAAAAGCACAACGUCAGGCUGCGUCCAGUGCAAAAGCCUUGAAACUGAGAUGUGUAUCCCUUCCUGAAGAACCCACCCAUACCAAGGAUCCUCGAGCGACACAUUCAGAACCAAUACAUUCAGCAAGCGGUUUAGUCACGGGCACUCCGAAAGAUCAAGGAGAUGAUGACUAUGAUCAACCUGACGGUCAGAAACCAGGACCGAGUCGUGCCUCGGUAAAAAUAAUGGAAGCUAUCGAUGACGAUUUAUCGGAGCCCAGUGAUACCGCCAAAGCAGAAAAAUCAUUUUUGUCUACCAUCGUCUCCUUCAUAUCCGGUUUAACGGUUUCCAUCACAUUGCGACUGUACAAAAUGUCACGCAACUAUCGAUAUGUGACGAAGGUAUUGGCUAAGGAGAAGAAAGACCUGAAAGCUGAAAAAGACUUCGGACAAGGACAUAGAAUUGGUUCUGGUAAUAUGUGGGCACCACUUCCGUCGAUAUUACGAACACGAGGUGAAUCCACACCACAAAUUAGAGAUUCCCCAUCACCUAGCACUAGUGAAUUAACCACAACACAAGUCAAUGACGACAGUGAAAUCGUGCAUGAUGAAGAAAAUGGAACUACGAUUGCCCAUUUAUUGCGACCAACAAUGUUUUCGACGAAGAAGGAAGAGAAAUCACCUGAAGAAGAACGCAGAACAAGUGUGGUGCCUGAGAUUAGGAUCUUGGCACCAUCACUGGAACGUGGAUUAGAUGAUUCCUUACACAAAUAUCCUUCCAAAGAUGACACAGACAGCAUCAAAGACAUUUCCGAAAUCGAAGAAGACUUCUACACACAAGAGCAUUCAUUGCUAACGGAAUUCAUCUCGGCCCUAUGGUUUGCUCUGAUCUCGAACACUGAUUUGGUAUGCUAUUUGAUGGUGUUCAUCAAUAUGGUUGCUUCGGCAAGCGUUCUUGCGUUACCGAUUCCGUUCAUGGUAUUCCUAUGGGGAACACUGGCUGUGCCGCGACCAUCGAAAACGUUUUGGGUCACAAUAAUAGCUUACACACAGGUCGUCGUCCUAAUAAAAUGUCUGUGCCAAUUCGAAUUCUUCUGGAGAAACUCUGCACCAAUCGCACCGAACAAUCCACUGGCAAUACCUCGAAUAAUUGGAUUGGAACGGAAACCGAACUAUGCGGCCUUCGAUUUGGCAUUAUUGAUGGUGGUCUUCUUCCAUCGGUUUAUUCAGAAGCAAAUGGGAAUUUGGCGAUCGACGACCGAUGACGAUGAUUACGAAGAGAAUGUUGGCCGAGAUACGAAAGAAGUAGUACAAACAGCGAUAGUACAACAAGGUCGUAUUUCGUUAGCACUGCCCAGUCCAGACCAAAACGAUAGCACUGCUGAUGAUGUUAAACUUGUAAACGAAGUCGAUGACGGUGAUCCACAGACUGACUAUAAAUAUCUGCAGAAGAAGGCAAUCGUAAGAACUAAGAAAUACUGUUCGUCCUGUACAACGUUCUUCCACAAGCUGUUGACUCCAACCAACCGAGUUACAGCCGACGUUUACGUGUACAUUUUCUUGUGCGAUUUCACCAAUUUCUUUGUCCUUCUGUUCGGAUUCACGGCAUUCGGGUCAUCACAAGGGGACGGCGGCGUUGCGGCAUAUGUGGAAGAAAAUAAGAUUCCGGUCGCCUUUUUGAUCAUGUUACUUCUCCAAUUCGUAUUCAUAAUCGUUGACCGUGCGCUGUAUUUGAGAAAGAAUUUGAUUGGCAAGAUCAUAUUCCAAUUCAUCACCGUCAUUGGAAUGCACAUUUGGCUGUUCUUCUUAGUGCCAGCGCUCAGCGAACGGAGUUUCAACGCUAAAGCACCGCCAAUCGUCUACUAUAUGUUCAAAUGUGUCUACUUCCUGUUGUCGGCUUAUCAAAUACGAUGCGGUUAUCCGAGACGGAUUUUGGGCAAUUGCAUCACCAAACGAUUCUCCAUCUUCAAUUUGGGAGCGUUCAAAGUGUACAUGUUGACGCCGUUCUUAUUUGAACUUCGAGCCCUGAUGGAUUGGAUAUGGACCGACACGACAAUGCCACUGUUUGAGUGGCUGAAAAUGGAAGACAUUUUCGCGAAUAUUUACGAAAUUAAGUGCUCACGCCAAAUGGAAGAAGAUUUCCCAGCACCUCGAGGCGUAGCAAAACGUCCACUGGUUAAAUACGUUAUGGGAGGUGGAUUUUUGUUAGUCGUCAUCGCACUGAUAUGGGGUCCGUUGGCAUUAUUCGCUUUAGGAAACACUGUUGGCGAAGCAAAUAUUCCUUUGGAAAUUUCUGUCGAACUGAAGAUCGGACCGUAUGAACCAGUGUAUCGAAUGACGGCGCAAUCGAGCAAAAUUUUCCAAUUUACGCCCAACGAGUUUGACGAUCUGACGCAAACGUACAAAAAGAAUAAAAUCGCGCUGACCUUCCUGUCGAACUAUGAGAGUCUGGACAUAGCUGCUGUUAAUUUAGGAUCAAACUCAACGGCCCUGUGGAUUAUAUCGCCACCAGAUUUACAACGGCUGAUUGAGGAUCUGCGCAGAAACGCAACAUUGAAAGUCCGUUACAAAUACUCUGUCACACGAAAAACGUACAAUGAGAAAAUGCUGCCAACAAUAUCGAUGGAGCCUUCGUAUGUGAUCGAGGAAGACGAUCAAAUGAUACGGGAUGCUCUAAUCCGGAUGCUUGAAGGAAAGAACAGUUCUGAGAGACUGUUACUACCGAAGCUGUUCCCUAAAUUCUUAAAGGUGAAAAACAUCGGCGACUUGAGAACUAUUCCGCAACUGAUGAGCGACACACAGGCCGACGAAGAGGUGCAGAAAGCCAAGGAUGCCGAUUACCGAAACGUUUCGCUGCAAAUGCAUUCGGGAACUGCCGGUUCAACCAUUUGGUGGGAAGUGCUAGAAGUGUGCGAUGAUCGCAUCUACAGAGAUUUAUUUGCAAAGCUACCGCACGCUGACUGUGCUCACAAUUUGGUGCUGUACACAUUCAAUGACAAAUUGUUCCCGGAAACGUUGAGUAUUUUCACGGCCGGCGGCGUCAUCGGCAUCUACACAACGUUUGUGUUCUUCGCAUCGAGAAUAUUCCGAUCAAUGUUCUCCGGAGGCAGUAUGAACAUCAUGUACACAGAAUUGCCAUUCGUUGAUCGAAUACUUCAGUUGUGUUUGGAUAUUUACCUGGUUCGAGAAUCCAUGGAAUUCUCGCUGGAAGAAGAUCUGUUUGCCAAAUUAAUAUUCCUCUACCGGUCGCCGGAAACAAUGAUAAAAUGGACGCGACCGGCCGAUGAACAGUCGAAUGAUGACGACACAGAAAGCAGUGAAGGCAAUGAGGAAUUGGAUAACGAAUCCAAAAAGAAACAGUAAACGUUACCUCGUGGUUUGACACACGUGCCAGAUACAAUUUUUUUUUAAUUUUAUUUUGUAACUUAAGUGAAUUUUGAGUCAUUUCUGUGGUGAAGAAAGAAACACAAAAACGGAAGAAGAAAAUUUAGUUUUUAAGCAUUUCACUAAUCGGAUGUAAAUGAAUGUCGUUAAGUGUCUUAAUUACCAAAACAAGUCUUCAGUGUAUCAGGGAAUAUUGUCAUAAAAACAAAAUAUAUUUUUGUAGCUUUUCAACAGUCGUAGAAUUUACACAUAAAACGAAAAUCAAAUGCACUUUUUACCCUUCACACAUAUCCCAGAAAGCGUGUUGUCCUUGGUGUCGUGUUUUAGUCGUGUUUUUAUCAAUUAAUCCGAGAUACCAAAACUUAUGCCGUUCGAUAAGAAGUAGAUUUAUGGGAGAGGUGUUCGCUUUUGUUUAUAUUUUUCUUCCAUCAAUUGGUAGUGACAUCGAUGUCUUUGUCGUGAAAUUUAAUAAAUUAAAAAAAAACGCUAAAAUUAGAGGAGAGCUCAUGUGCAUACCAGUGGACCAUGAGGCCCACAGUUCGAAACCUACUACCUAACAGUAAAAUUUUAAAAAAAUCCUUGUUCUGGCCCUCUUGUUUUUCAGCGUUAAACAUUCUGUUCUGAAGAGUUCGAAUAUGUGGAGUACGACACUGACCCCAAUCGAUCCCAUAAAAUGUACUCGAUCGAAUUUUUUGUCGUUGUUUUCUCAUCAGAAACGUUCAUUUACUCACUAAGACGAACUAAUUUAUUUAUCGUCACGAAUAUUACAAAUUUACAACGAAAUAAUUCCCGUGGCAGCGACUCCAGCAGCGACUCCAGCAGCAACCGCUCUUCCAUUUGUUCAAUAAUAUGGUGUAUGUGCUUGACAAAAUGGUUUAGCCGAUUUCAAAUAUGAUGGAGAUGGGAAUAAGUCAUUCGAAACAGCCAAGUUCAUCUGUAAGGCUAAUGGGCCGUUUACCAAAAAAUCAGAAAAAUUGACCGAUACGUCAAUCAAUUGUGAGCCGACAUUUACGUUGGUCGUCCAUUUGUAUGAACUUCUACCGCCUAGAUCUCUCGCUCCGAACCAAACGGGGCCUGAGGAACGGAGCAAUAGAGUCGAAAAACCAAAAAGAAAUUUUUGGAUGGCUUAGGGCGCUCACCUAUUUUGUUUGUCACAACUUGCUUGUUAACGAAAUCCAUUUCGGCCUUGUUGCUGAUUUUAACGAGCACCAUUCCGCUCUGAACGCAUUUACCGACAGCAUCUUGCCAUGAUAUCUGAUCGGAAACAAACAGUGAUGUGACACAUUUUACGUGUUUGUGCACGGUAAGUACACUUUCACUGUCGCAAACAGUGAUGUAAAGUGCACUUUACCGUCCAUAAGCAUGUAAUGGUUAUGUUACAAGAGCAAAUUCGUCCUAAUUAAUUUGUUAAAAAAAGUAGAAGAAAUCCUGGGAUUCCUCCGGAUUAUUGUGGGCUACAAAAUUCCCACCAGAAAUUUUAUUCAUUUCCACCGUCUACACGUCUUUCAGUCGCUCUUCAAAGCGAUUUUUACAGCACCUAAGACGAAUUGUAGCAUUUCUGGCCCUGGGAAGGGACCUGAAGACCUCACACUAAACACGUUAUGUACCUACUAGAGCAACAAAACAAAGGUGCCUUGAAGAAGCACUUUUCGACUGCUCAGUGAACUUGUAACGAGAAGAAUAGUGUACGAGCUACCGUUGAUAAAGGCUGGUGAUUUCCAUACCAAAGUCUUAUUAUUGAAGACGAAAAAUUGUUUCGUUGCAACAUUUCCCAAGUAUAUCAAAUCGCCGUCCUGUGCACAGGUCUUUGUACCGCCAACGCUUACAUCAACACCGACUACGCUAGCAGCGGUUUCGAUUUCUUCGGAAAAGAAAUAUUCUGUUAAUAGCUUUACAUAC